GAUCGGCGGGUGUGAAUGAAUGUGUGUGUUGAGGUGAAAAACACUGAGCAAUGAAAUAAAAACCCGAGCAGCGUGUGAGAGAGAAGAGUGUGGCAUUAACCCUGCUGUGCGCCAUUAUGUCUGACUGACAUGUUGAGCUGUGUGAGGACCUUAGACUGUAUAGGUGAGGACACACUGAGGAGGUGAGUGUUCAUAGUUAGUUGUAGAAAGUCUGACGGAACUUGAAUGCAGCUUCGAAGUCACGUGACACGAAGGCUGUUCCAACAACAACAGCAACAGCGGAGAGAAGCUGUACUUUUUUGAUGGUUUUACGAUCUGCAGACAUGUUGUCCUCUGCUGUCCUCUGUGUCCUCACUGUCUCUCUGCUCUCUGCAUCUGAAGACUCACAAGAGAUGAAGGUGAAGGCUGAGCAGAACGUCACCCUCCAGUGUCACGCUCGCACUGAUGCCCCCAUCACUCUGCUGGAGUGGAGCAGACCUGACCUGGAGACAGGUGAUUACGUCUUCCUCUACAGGAACGAGCGCUCGUAUGAAAGGUAUCAGCAUCCGUCUUAUCGUGGUCGAGUGGUGCUGAGAGAUCCAGACAUGAAGAAUGGAGACGCUUCUGUGAUUCUGAGGAACGUCAACAUCAACGACACCGGAACAUACAAGUGUGAAAUUACAGUCAGCAACACGGGACACAGUCAGACACCAGACUCUGAGAUCCAUCUCCUCAAACUGAAGGUUACAGUUGACUCAGGUGAGUUUGUAGAGCUCAGACUCAGGCGAGUUUGUAGAGUUCAGACUCAGGCGAGUUUGUAGAGUUCAGACUCAGGCGAGUUUGUAGAGCUCAGACUCAGGCGAGUUUGUAGAGUUCAGAGUUCUGUAUCCCUCACACCUGUUUUCUGCUCUGCAGGUCACAUUGAUGGAAACAAGGAUGGAAAUCUUGGACUCUUGGUUGGUGUGCCAGUUUCUGUUGGUCUUGUUCUCAUUUUCGUUCUUGGCGUUGUUGGUUCUUUCAUUUUUAUUCAACGCCCACGCAAAAUGAAUCAUUCAUACACAUCUGCUGAAACAGCAGGUGAACCAGGUACUUGAAGCGUCUCAGAUCUCUUUACUCCUGACGAUGUUUGUGUUCUGCUGCUGCUACAGAAAGAUAAAAAAAUAUAUAUAUUUCUUAAGGGAUCAGUGCGCUCAAAUUAACAGUUACAAUAGAAUAACAAACAGCUGCAGAAAGUCGACAGAGAGCAUGCUCAGAUAAAAGAGUUACAGCCAGGUCGAGGACAGGUGUUGAGACAUGAUGAAUAUAGAGGAGCAUUCAGCAGCUAAAGAGACAGAUACUUUCCUCAGGAGUUGGUGGAGACCAAAACCAGAGCUAAAAGAGAGAUAGCAAUAUCCAUCAGGUGACACAGACACAAAGACUCGUAAUCAUCCAAUCAUGAUGUUGCUCUGCUACUGCUUGGUGUGGAAUUAAGCAGCUGUUUGCUAAGACGUAUGAACAUACAUAUCAACUGAAAAGAUGACGACAGGUUGAUGUUGUGUUCACUGCUUGUUUUUUUUUUGGCUUUUUUUUUGUUGAAAACAAAUGGACCAGAAGCGACAGGUUGUGCAGGUUUAAUACUAUUAACUGCAUCUUGCUUUAAAUCAGAGUGACAGCUUAUCAAUAGCCAAACGGACAGAGUCAGCCACACAGGAUAAAACUGCAUCGUCUGCAUAAAGACGCACUUUAAUUCACGCACUAGCACUUUUAUCUUAAGGUAGGUGGGACAGGAAUUUUCCGUUUUUAUUGUAUUAGCAUUUCACAAGUUGUAAACUGCACAACUUAUUAAGCACUCCAUUGUCUAAAAUUUAGAGCUGUAACUUUACAAAACAGUUUGUAAAAUAUAUUUUGCAAGACAUAUGUUAAAGUAUGGACGACCAAAUGACCAGAUUGUAUUAAUCAAUUUCUCAAUAAAUAAUAAUAUUAUACAAAGGUAAUACUUUCUGUAAUAUAUAAGUAUAUAAUUAUUUAUUUAUUAUUAUUAUUAUUAUUAUUAUUAUUAUUAUUGUUAUAUAAUUGUUACAGAAUAAAAAAAUUAAAUGACCAAAAUAGGAGGAAUACAUUAUAUUUACAUACAGUAUAGAUACAUAUAUAGAUAUAUAUGAUUAAAAAAAACUCUUAUAUUCUUCUAAUGAUCUUUUCAAAGUAUUCCAACUUGUUAUUACAGUGUUACUGAACAUGGACACCAUUUCAUACUGUGUCAUUGAUUUUUUUUUUUUUUACAUUUAUUUUCUACAUUUUUAGUGAUUGCCUUUUGAUUUGACCCAUUUACUUUUCCAGCCGUGUGACAUCACUCCAUCACUUAGUUUGUCGUCAGUCAGAAAAAGAACGUAGAGAAUGUCAGAGCGGAGCGGGGAGCAGAGAUGAAAAGAGUUCUGCCUGUGAGUGAAAUAAAGAAAACAGCUGUUUGGCAAAUUGUAUUUUUGAAAUGUAAAAGCUGUAAAAUAUAACGAAGAAAAGUCUGAUAUAUUAAAUACGACAUAAACGUAAAGCAGCAGGACAUGAGAUCUUGUGAGGAGUAAAGACAAUGGCCACAUUGAGACAAUAUUCUGAAUUUGCUAGACAGCAUGUAAACAGCUUUUUCUGUUUGGAUAUUCUGAAUUAGGCUUCAGUCUAAAUGUAGCACUCCACGAUUAACACGUGGGAUCUGUAGAUUUAAUUCAGGUUUUAAUACAUUUGAUUGUGCAAACAUGACAGCAACAACGUUUUCAAGAAGGUGGUCAAAGGAAUGAAAGAGGGAGGUUUUGUUUUCGUGGUCCAACAAGUUCAUUAUCUGGAGGACACUUUGACACAAGCAGCGCAUUCAGCUUUUCCAUAUUGUGGCGUGGUAAAUGGCAUGUCAGGGCAUCUUAAUGCACGGCUGCAUGUGACCUGGAGUAGAGGUGGAAGUCAUCAGCUGUGUAUAACAGCUGAGUCGGAAAAUUUUAUUUUUUGGAAUGACAGCGAGAAGCCACAUUAUUUACAUGUAAACUCUAACAUCCGUUCUUUCAUAUGAUAAGCUGUUACUUUAUGUGCUUCAGGAUCUGAAAACUUCAGUGUGUGUUACAAUCACUUAUGAAAGUUCAUUAAGGAUGAUCGAUGAAUGAAACGAGCAUCAGAGCUUCUCAGUCUCACUGCGGAGGUGAAGUUAUUUUUUCAGUGCCUGUUUUUAUGUUGCACUUUACAAGCACCUGUAUAAGCUUUCCUUUUUUAUGAAUAAAUAUGUUUAUCACUGUU